AUGAGCAGUUCGAAACAAGUAAGUGGGUCUCUCUCCAGUAGGGUCAUGAACAUGAAGUUCAUGAAAUUCUCUAAAAAUGACUCAGAUACAACGGAUAGUUUAUUAAAUGAUCGUUCAAUAUCAAAUAAUUCAUCAAAUGAUAGUAAUAUCACUAUUAAUGGUAAUUUCCGUGAUAACUCAGAGUGGUCAUUAGAUCGUCAGACUACCAGCAGCAGCAGCAGCACAACAAACACGACGGCAGCUAUACCGAACAAGACAAAGAAAACAAUCAUCAUUAAGAAAAGGAAGAGAUUUUUGCCUAAUAUCGUACAGGACGUCGGUGUCACAACUUUACAAAGGGAAAUGAAUUAUCAUAAUAAUACGAAAGGUAAUGCACCUAUUCUUGGUAGAUUGAAUUUUGGUAUCAAGAGGGAAGAACAACAAAAAUUGUAUACUAAGGUAAGUGAUGGGGAAGAAGAAACUGUUUCCAAAAAGAGAAAACAGAAUAAUAAUGACGAAGAAGAAGAAGAAGAAGAAGAUGAUGAUGAUGAUUAUGAAUUGGAUACCAUGUUCAAGGAGAGUAUAAAACAUAAAAUGAGUAAUAAGAAAUCUGGCAAAAAUAACAAGACUAAGAAACAGAAAAGGUGA